AGCAGAAAUACUAAUUCUCCCACAAAUCAAACAGGUUCCAAAUUAUAUCCCAGAGUAUGAAGAUCUCGAACGUCUUCCUUCUCUUCUUUCUCGCAUCUUUAAUGAUCAUUGGAAAUGAAGUGGUCAUGGCGACGAGAAUCAGUACUGAAGCUGCAAAGAGAGAUGUGUUUCUUGAGAAAACGACAACAAUGACACCAGCA